AUCGCAAGUCCAAUAUGCCCUAUAAAUUCCUCGUUCCCUGGAUCGGCCAGGGGCUGUUAAUCUUGGCCGGGAGCAAAUGGUCCCAGCAUCGGAAGCUGCUCACGCCAGCCUUUCAUCAUGAUGUGCUGAAAUCUUACGUGGCCCUGAUGUCAGACUCGGUCAAAGUGAUGCUGGAUAAAUGGGAAAAGAAGAACACAGAGAGGAAGUCAGUGGAGCUCUUUCAAGACGUCAGUUUGAUGACACUAGACAGCAUCAUGAAAUGCGCCUUCAGUUAUAAUACCAACUGUCAGACUCAGAGAAACUCAGACUGUUACAUCAGAGCUGUUUAUGACCUGAGCUGCCUUGUGACCAAGAGAAUCACGUCUUUUUCUUACAAGGAUAUCUUCUAUGACCUGACUCGUGAAGGCCGUGAGUUUAAGAAAGCCUGCAAGCUGGCCCGUACCCACACAGAUAAGGUAAUUAAAGAAAGAAAGAUGUUGCUCUCCAGCGAGAAGGAACUUGACAAGAUCCAGAAGAAGAAACACGUGGAUUUUCUGGACAUUCUUCUUUGUACCAAGCUGAAUGAUGCAAAUGGAGUUGGGCUAUCUGAUGAGGAUCUACAAGCCGAGGUGGACACAUUCAUGUUUGCGGGUCAUGAUACCACAGCCAGCGGGAUCUCCUGGCUCUUCUACUGCCUGUCAUUAUAUCCAGAGUAUCAGCAACAGUGCAGGGAGGAGAUCCAGGAGAUCUUGGGAGACCGAGAUACCAUUGAGUGGGAUGACCUUGGGAAGAUGACCUACACCACAAUGUGCAUCAAAGAGAGCUUGCGCCUGUUUCCACCAGUUCCUUUUGUGUCCCGAUACCUCUCUAAACCUGUCACAUUUUCUGAUGGACGCAGCUUGCCAGCAGGCUGCCAGGUUGUACUGAGCAUAUUUGCGAUUCACAGGAACCGGGAUGUGUGGGACGACGCUGAGAUGUAUGAUCCCCUGAGGUUUUCUCCAGAGAAUUCAGCACAGAGGCACUCCCAUGCUUUCCUGCCUUUCUCUGCUGGAUUCAGGAACUGCAUCGGGCAGCAGUUUGCCAUGAACGAGAUGAAGGUGGCGCUGGCCCUGACCCUGCUCCGCUUCGAGCUGUCCCCCAACCCAUCCAAGCCUCCCACACUGAUAGCGCAGGUCAUCCUCAAGUCCAGCAAGGGGGUCCACCUGCAUUUGAAGAAGAUUCAUUGA